AUGAAGAGUCCGAGUGAAGCUAUUCCCAGAGAUACUUUAUGUACUUUCCUUACAAAGUGUCAGAGAUGCAUCAAGAACUGGCUGCCGUUGGAUUUCAAAAAGGAGUUUAUUCAACUUUUCAAACUCGCAGGACCUGUGAUCAUUUCACAAUUGAUGGUCUUUCUCAUCAAUUUUGUCAGCACUGUGUUCUGUGGUCAUCUGGGGGAAGCUGAGCUCGCAGGAGUGGCGUUAGCAAUAUCAGUUAUCAAUGUCACUGGAGUUUCAGUUGGAACUGGUUUGGCAUCGGCCUGUGAUACCCUCAUAUCUCAGACGUAUGGAAGUGGAAACCUAAAGCGUGUGGGAGUCCUUCUCCAAAGAGGCGUUUUGAUUCUGCUCCUGGCCUGCUUCCCCUGCUGGACUAUUCUCGUCAACACAGAGCCCAUGCUACUCGCUGUCAAACAGAGCCCGGAGGUCGCACGACUCUCCCAGUUGUAUGUGAACAUCUUCAUGCCUGCUCUACCAGCUGUUUUCAUGUACCAGCUGCAGGGAAGGUAUCUACAGAACCAGGGUAUCAUCUGGCCUCAGGUGAUAACUGGAGUCAUUGGGAAUGUUAUUAAUGCACUUAUCAACUACAUCCUCCUCUAUGUGCUGGACAUGGGUGUUGCUGGAUCUGCUGCUGCUAAUGCUAUCACACAGUCAGCUUUGGCUCUGAUAUUGUACAUUUACAUCUACUGUAUGGGGUUACACAAGGCAACUUGGUCUGGUUGGUCACUGGACUGUCUGCAGGAAUGGGCUCUGUUCAGCAAGAUGGCCAUUUCCAGCAUGCUUAUGCUCUGUCUGGAGUGGUGGACUUUUGAAAUCGGAGGACUGUUGGCUGGUGUGAUCAGUGAGGUUGAGCUGGGAGCUCAGUCAGUGGUGCAUCAGAUGGUCACUAUUGCAUUUGUGAUUCCAAUGGGAUUUGGGGUAGCUGCCAGUGUGCGGGUUGGGAAUGCUCUUGGUGCUGGAAACACUGAACAGGCCACGACAUCUGGCAAGGUCUCCGUCAUCUGCACAUUUGCAGUCUCGUGCUUUGUCGGAAUUAUUCUUGGAUCAUCUAAGAGUGUGAUUGGUUACAUCUUCACAACAGAAAAAGAGAUCAUUCAGCGGGUUGCUGAUGUCAUAAUCAUAUAUGGUUUCUUCCAUCCUGCAGACGCAAUUGCGGUUGUGACUGGGGGCAUUAUACGAGGAACAGGGCAGCCGAGGAUCGGGGCCAUCUGUAACUUAGUGGGAUAUUACUGCAUCGGCCUUCCUAUUGGAGUGGCCCUGAUGUUUGCUGCCAAGAUGGGCAUCAUAGGACUGUGGUUGGGGAUGUCUAUUUGUUUCACUCUCCAGGGCAUAUUCUUCAUCAUUUUCUUGUGUAAACUCAAUUGGAGAAAGGCUGCUGAAGAGGCAAUGGUGAGAGCAGGAACAGAAAAGACAGAAACACUGGCAGUGAAAAACACGGAACAUGCCUCUACAGUUCGGGGAGAGUCCCAAUUCAGCGUCAUUUCAUCAAACGCCCUAAGCUAUGAGGAGUGCAGCUCAGACGUGCAGGUGCUUGGUCAGGGCCGCGAUGCGUCCAGUGAUGCUGCAGCGCCACAGCGCCUAACCAGGCGGCUGCUGGUGCACCGUGGCUUGACUGUACUGUUCAUGGUGCUCACCCUUGUAGUUGGGAUAAUCACCAGCAAAUUGCUUCUCAAAGUCAAAUGA